UCACUUCCGGGGACUGCGCUCGGCUCUCCGAGCCCUGGGCGGCGGGGUCCUCGGUGUGGGAGAGACCGCCAACGAACCCGGGCGCCAGGGGACCGAGUGUGGCGGUGGCCCUGCCUCCUCCUCCCGGCGCCUGCGGCCGGGUCAUGAGCUCAGCCGCAUGAUGUGCGCCCGCCCGCCUCGGCUGCCUCCGCCGUCGCCGCCCGCAGGCCAGGAGGAGCCGCCGCGCCGGGCGGACCCCCGGGGUUCCCACCCAGCCCGGCCCUGGGACCCGGAUCAUAUCAUAUAUGACAAUAUGCACCUUAGCCUGAAGAAAAGGCACAAUGUCCAAGUAACAUUAAAAAAAAGUCUGUGAGGGUAAGCCCAGGGAAUCAUGCAGUCCUCAGGGCACAGGUUCCGUGACAUGGAGCAUCACCCCCUUCUUGGUGACAAUGAGAAUUAUGAUUCCUCCUCCUCCUCCUCCUCUGAAGCUGAUGCUGCAGAUAGAAUUUGGUUCAUCCGAGAUGGCUGCGGGAUGGUCUGUGCUGUCAUGACGUGGCUCCUAGUUGUCUAUGCAGACUUUGUUGUGACUUUUGUCAUGUUGCUGCCUUCCAAAGACUUUUGGUACUCCGUGAUCAACGGUGUUGUUUUUAACUGCUUGGCAGUUCUGGCCCUGUCAUCUCAUCUGAGGACUAUGCUAACUGACCCUGGGGCGGUCCCCAAAGGCAAUGCUACUAAAGAGUACAUGGAGAGUCUGCAGCUAAAGCCUGGUGAGGUGAUCUACAAGUGUCCCAAGUGUUGCUGUGUCAAGCCCGAGCGUGCACACCACUGCAGUAUUUGUAAGCGAUGUAUUCGGAAGAUGGAUCACCACUGCCCAUGGGUGAACAAUUGUGUGGGAGAAAAGAAUCAGAGGUUUUUUGUGCUCUUUACAAUGUAUAUAGCCCUGUCUUCAGCUCAUGCUCUGAUCCUGUGUGGAUUUCAGUUUUUUUCCUGUGUCCGCGGGCAGUGGACAGAAUGCAGUGGUUUUUCUCCACCUGUAACUGUAAUCCUGCUGAUCUUCUUGUGCCUUGAGGGUCUUCUGUUUCUCACUUUCACCGCAGUCAUGUUUGGCACUCAGAUCCACUCAAUAUGCAACGAUGAAACGGAGAUUGAAAGACUGAAAAGCGAAAAGCCAACUUGGGAACGGAGGCUCCGAUGGGAAGGGAUGAAGUCUGUUUUUGGGGGCCAGCCUUCAAUUCUGUGGAUGAACCCUUUCGCAGGGUUUCGACUCAGGAGAUUCCUACUGAAGUCAAAGAGAGGUGGUCCAGAGUUUUCUGUGUGAGGUCCGUUUUCCCAUACUGGAACUGGCAGAUGCAUUCUAGGAUAUUUAUAUGGGGUUUGAAAGCCUAUCGACACAUAAUCUGUGACCAAUGGGGACUGAACCAACACAAAUCAGUUGCUUGUAGCAAGCAGAAUUUUAUACAUUUAUAGUCACGGAGAUCACAAAUUUUCCAAAAUGUUAACUGGAUGCUGUAAUGACUUUUCAGCUGUACCACUAAUGAAAGGCAUGUGGCCACACUAAAGAAGCCAAAUGUCAUUAUUCUACUGUGAGAUUAUGAUUUUUGUUAAAUCUUUUUCAUUUGAUCAACUGUCAUUUGGGGUAUUACAUAUGCUAUUUUAUUAAAAAUCCUGUGUACUGAGCUACAUUUGUCAAUCAUGGAAAAAAAAAAUCCCCAGUGGACAAGAAUCCUCAAGCCAGUAGCAUCAGGGAGUUUCUGUUUACCAUGUAAUUUCAUUCCGUUAUUGCUUUUCCCGGUAUCUUAAUGCUACAGGGACCCUUACUUAGAGAUCCAUUUCAGUCUUUCAUUUUUAUCAUCUUUUGCAAUUAAGUUGCAAAAGAUCUGUGUGCACUGAGUAGUAUAGGUAAAUAUCAGGUACACUCAUUAAUUUAAUUUUUCCCCCAUUUAUCAUUGCUUACUUCUUUUCCCUUCACCUGCCCAACCCCCAGGACAAAGUAUUUUCAUGAUCCUAGCAGCGAGUUUAAUAUAUGUAGUUUCUCAUUUUUUAAAAAAAUUAAAAUUUUUUAUUUUUAAUGGCAAGCUAUUUUUAAAAACCUAUGUUCAGGGAAGAGGAAAAAGCUGCUAUGAUAUCCUCCUUUGUGACUAACUAUGAAUGUAUUGCCAAUUGGACAGUCUACAGAUCCAAAGAACAAUCAGUUGUCUCCCCUUCGCUUUUUUUUUUUCUUUUCCUGGGGCAGUGAGGGUUAAGUGACUUGCCCAAGGUCACAAAGCUAGUAAGUGUCAAGUGUCUGAGGCCGGAUUUGAACUCAGGUCCUCCUGACUCCAGGGCCACUGCUUUAUCCACUGUGCCACCUAGCUGCCCUUCCCCCUUCCCUUUUAAAGAUCUUGUAUAGGUUUAAUUAUUUUAAAAUUUUGAGAGCAUAAAGGAGCUGGAACUGUAUUUUUCAGCAAAAUUAGCAUUAUCUGGGUGCAUGUUACUCUUGGUAAAGAAGAGUCAAGCCUCACAUUAGAAAACCUUCAUCUCUGUGUAUCUCAAUGCUGCAUUGUUAGUCUGAGCAAGGAGGAGAUCAUAUAACCCCGCAGUGGAGGAAGACCCGUGUGCAUUUCACCACAGCUUUAAAGAAAUGAUUCACAGGGCAUCAGCUGCUUUUGUGACUGGUGCAGAAGAGAGCAUAGCACACAUUUUAACUCUCCUAGAAAUAAACAGAAACAAAAUGGAACUACCAGCAUGCCUAGAGCUGGAUGUGAGACUGUCAUGAUUGCUGUUCUUUCCUCAAACUACAGUCGAUAAGAACCAGGAACCUUGGGGUGGAACUGAGAAUUAUGCCUGAACAGUGAACAGCUCCUUUAAGAGGAGUGGG